AUGGCUCGCGUUCCAACAAUAGCCACCGUCGUCCGCGGCGCAGGCGUCAAUAUCGUACUCAAAGCAGACCAACCCACAGGUCGCACCGUCUCUGGGACCGUCCAGGAUGUGCUCACGCGCGGCAACCACCCACGAGGCAUCAAAGUCCGGCUCUCCGAUGGACGGGUUGGACGAGUUCAGUCUCAUACCGAUGGCACGCAACAGCCGUUAGAACCAUCAUUUACAUCCAGCGAAGUCGCCGACGGCUCGGCCGCGUAUGGAGAUUCGCGCAGACCUCCCCGCCGCGGCGGCGGUCGCAGGCAAGAUGCUGAGGCCGAGUUGCCUUCCGCGCAGGUUGGGCUCGAGGCUUAUAUUCGCCCUGCUAAGCAGAAGAAUGGUGGGCGAGGCAGGGUGGCUGCAAACCCUGGUGCCGAGCAGGAAGCAGCGCCUACUCCGGCUUCUGAGACCGUGACGUGCCCUGUCUGUGGUGAGUUUGAGGGUGAUGCUGCUGCUGUUGAGCAUCAUGUUGCGGGUCACUUUGACUGA